AUGCAGAGGCUCGUGCUGUCGAGUGUACAGCGUAGUAUACGGACGUCGGCGGUCCGUCGUUUGAUGUUGAGUACCAAGUCAUCUCUUCCCUCUUCUUCCAUGUCAGAAUCGUCUUCUGUCUUUACUAAAGUAGGACGUAACAUUCCAUUAAAAGUGGUGCCACGAACUGAGCGACAAGCGGCGCGUAAAGCCGCAAACCACUCGAUGGACGCCUCGGAGCACAAAGUCGUGCGUACGUCGUCACUUCCUGCUCGUAUUUCAUUUGCAGUAUUGGCUGGCAGUAUCUCUGGAUCCAUUUUAUGGCAUUUUAUGCUCGACGAUAGUAUUAAAUCCCGUAUCAAGGAGACAUUGGGCGCUACGUUCCUUGGCGAUGUCUAUGGAUUUGUGGCCAAGAAAGUACAGGAAACAGUCAAGCCUUUUACGGAUCCAUCACGACAAAAACUACUACCAGAUUGGCCAAUCCCUCAAGUACCAGCAAAUACGCCACCGGUUCCCGUCUUGGUACUGGAUUUAGAAGAUACACUUGUGCAUUCGGAAUGGAGUCGGAAACAUGGCUGGCGUCAUGCCAAGCGUCCAGGUGUGGACGAGUUUUUGGAGACAUUGUGCCAGUACUAUGAGAUUGUGAUUUUCUCACAGAACUACGGUGCAGAGGAGAUUGUGCAAAAGCUGGACCCAAAGCAAUGUGCACUGCACGUGCUGUCCCGUGAUGCUACGCGCUAUAUGAACGGUGCUCACGUGAAGGAUCUGUCGAACCUCAACCGGAAUCUGCGUCAAGUGGUGAUUCUAGAUGAUGAUCCAGCGGCGUAUCAAUUACAGCCGGAGAAUGCCAUUCCUCUCAAGCCUUUUACCGAUGGACGGGAUCGAGACGACCAUGAAUUGAAGGACUUGAUUCCAUUUCUAAAAGCGUUGGCAUCAGAGCGUGUUUCUGAUUUCCGCCAGGUUAUUGGUGAAUUCCGUGACGACGACGGUGUGAUUCGUGAUCUGGCCGCCAAAUACAGCGCUCGUGUGCAUCAGCUUGAGAUGCAGAAGGAACAGCAGAAGAAAAAGGGCUUUGGUGGUUUUGUUCGUGGACGAUUGUCGCAUCACCCUGCGUCGCAGACUAAAAGUGUUAGUGCUAGUGGAUUUUCUAGCAGUCCACAGCUGUGA